AUGGACGUUGACGUCGACGCUUUGCUCCUCCGACUUCAUGAUCGCCGGAAUGUCAACAUUGUGGAGACCGUUCCCGCUGAUGAGAUGCUUGCACUGCUUAGAAUGGCACAAAUUGUGUUCCAGACUCAGCCGAUGCUUGUUGAAGUUCAACCUCCUGUCAUCAUCUGUGGCGAUAUUCACGGACAAUACAGCGACUUGUUACGCAUCUUCGAUACUCUUGGAUAUCCACCGGCAACCAGCUACUUGUUUUUGGGAGAUUAUGUUGAUCGAGGCUCGCACAAUUUGGAGACGAUUGCUCUUCUUUUCUGCUACAAGAUCAAAUAUCCUCGAAAUUUCUAUCUACUCCGCGGCAAUCAUGAGACAUCAGUCACCAACGCAAUAUACGGCUUUCGGCAGGAAAUUGCAAGGCGCUACGGGGAUCCUAGAAACGAUCUAAAUGGGAUGUGGGGCAUCUUCAACAUUGCAUUCUCUCAAAUGCCCAUUGCUGGAUUGGUCGGAGGUGUAUUCUAUUGCUUUUCUUCAGUUUCUUCAUAUUUUCAGGCCGAAUUCUCUGCAUGCAUGGUGGGCUUUCUCCAGAUCUUACAUCCCUCGAUCAACUGAGGCAGAUUCCCAGAGGAUGGUACGAUCCGCCAAACAACCGGG